UCUCUCUCUCUCAUCACUUUUUCCCUAGGAGGAAUUUCAGCUGUAACAGAAGUUUGAAGAAUGGCAACUGAGGAUCAGAAGUUCAAGGCCGGAGAAGCCAAGGACAAGGCCUCCCAGACGGCUCAAGCCGCCAAGGACCGGACCACCGAGUCCAAGGACCAAACCGGCAGUUACAUCUCCAACACCGCCGGCGCGACCAGGGACAAGGCAGGGGAGGUGGUCCAGACGACCAAGGACUGGGCCAUAGCCGGGAAAGACAAGACCACCAGCGCCCUCGGAAAUGCGGCGGAUCAGGUCAAGUGCGCGGCGAUAGGCGCCACGGAGCAGGUCAAGAGCGCGGCGGUGGGCGCGACGGAGGCCGUGAAGAACACCUUUGGCAUGGGUGCCAAAGACACUACCGCCGGAAAGGACAACAAUUAAUUAGUUUUAAUUAAUUAGUGUUUGUUUUUGGUUUAGUAUUGGUGUCGAAUGGACGUCUUUGUUUCGAGUUGCCUUAAAUUUGGAAGUGUUUUUCUUGAUUA